AUGUGUGGAAUUAUUGCUGUGAUCCACGGCGAUCCAAAAUCGCAAUCGGCGUCUGUAGAGAUCCACGAUGCGCUGUAUCUCCUCCAGCACCGUGGUCAGGAUGCGGCCGGCAUCGUCAGCUGCAGUACUGGCGGACGCUUCCACCAGUGCAAGGGCAACGGCAUGGCCUCCAAGGUCUUCCACGACGGAGCCCGUGUUUCUGACCUUCCUGGCUUCAUGGGCCUCGGCCACCUUCGCUACCCGACCGCCGGCAGCAGCGCGAAUGCAGAGGCACAGCCAUUCUACGUUAACAGCCCGUACGGUAUAUGCAUGACGCAUAAUGGUAACCUCAUCAACGCGCCCGCGCUCCGAGAACGGCUCGACCACGAGGCACACAGGCACAUCAAUACGGAGAGCGACAGCGAGCUCAUGCUGAACAUCUUCGCCGAUGAGCUUAACGAGACCGGCAAGGCGCGAAUCAAUGCCGACGACUGCUUCGCUGCUCUGGAGCGCAUGUACAAGCUGUGCACGGGCGGAUGGGCAUGCACCGCUAUGCUUGCUGGAUUUGGUCUCAUCGGCUUCCGCGAUCCCUACGGCAUCCGCCCCAUGGUCCUUGGCUCAAGAAAGUCCGCGACUGGCCAAGGCAUGGACUACAUGAUGGCCUCGGAGAGCGUUGCCCUCAAGCAGUGCGGCUACAAGGACUUCCAGGAUAUCCUCCCGGGUCAGGCCGUCAUCAUCGAGAAGGGCAAGGACCCCGUCUUCAAGCAAGUCGCAAAGCAAGAGGCUUACACCCCCGAUAUCUUCGAAUACGUCUACUUCGCCCGUCCAGACUCUGUCAUCGAUGGCAUCGACGUUGAUGAAAGCCGCCGCAACAUGGGCUUCACCCUCGCCGAAACGAUCAAGAAGCAAUUGGGCCCAGAGAAGUUGGCAGGAAUCGACGUCGUCAUGCCCAUCCCAGAGACUGCCAUCACUUCCGCCGUAUGCGUUGCCGAAGCGCUCGAUAAGCCAUACGUACUUGGUUUCGUCAAGAACCGAUACAUCUUCCGCACAUUCAUCAUGCCUGAGCAAGCCCAACGCCAAAAGGGCGUUCGAGCGAAGUUGAACCCCAUGGAGAAGAAGUUUGCCGGCAAGAACGUCUUGCUUGUGGAUGACUCCAUCGUCCGUGGAACCACAUCGCGAGAGAUCGUUCUCAUGGCCCGGGAAGCUGGUGCUAAGAAGGUCUAUUUCUCAUCAUGUGCACCGCCCAUCACCAAUGCGCAUAUCUAUGGUAUCGACUUAGCGUCAUCUUCAGAGCUUGUUGCGCAUGAUCGUGACUCAGCAGCAGUCGCGAAGCACAUUGGUGCCGACGACGUUAUCUUCCAGACCCUGGAGGACCUUGAGCGUGCUUGUGCCAGCCUCUCACCGCGCGACCCCAAAACACAGAAGUUCGAAGUUGGUGUCUUUUGCGGCAAAUAUGUUACGCCUGUAGACGCCGGCUACUUCGAGCAUCUUGAGCGUAUCCGGGGCGAGACCAAGAAGAUCAAGGUCAUGGAGAAGGCGCGUGAGGCCGUCAUGCAUGGCGUUGCUGACUCGAAACAAAUCCGCAUAGCUGCGAAGGGUGCUGCCGUCGACCAAUAUGGCAAUGUCAUUCCAUCCGAUGAUAGCGCAACCAGCAUCGGAGAGGCGGUCAACGGUGCCAGCAAGAUAAUGACAGCAGCUGCUGACCCUCUAGGUAACACCAAUGGCCACAGUGAGGAGAAGAGGCCUUCACAGAGCCAGGACAUCAGCCUGCACAACCUCAACGACUUUAACUGA